GUCAUUUACCAAUGCUUUAAAAACUACCGCGAUCCAUGUGUCGUAACAUUACCGAUAUCAUGGCUGUCGAGGACGGCAAACUAACAAGGCGAGCGGCCCUUCGUGUUGGAAUAAUGUAUUUCUGCUUAGCACUAGUUGUCGAAGCACAAAACGUACCUCCUGCUGCACCAGCUCGUGUGCUGGUGAAACCGACAGUCAAUUCUAUCAUCGUCGUAUGGGCCUCGCCUCCAGCAGACGCCAACAUACCUUUGCGUGGCUACGUGCUGGGGUACGGCAGGAGAAGACCAGACGUGUACCAGAUGACCCUUGACCCCAAUGCACAUCACUCCAUAAUACACAGCCUACAACCUGCCACCCAGUAUGUCAUCUCAAUACGAGCCUUCAACAGUGCAGGUCAUGGUCGGGCCAAAUAUAUGGUAGUAACGACCAGCGAAGAAACAAUUUACACAGAGUACGACGUCCCUCCUGCAAUAGCUCAUCUGCUGGUGGAACCGAACGCAGAUUCUAUCGAGGUCAUUUGGGCCCCGCCUUCAACACCCGACGACAUACUUGUGCGUGGCUAUGUGCUGGGUUACGGUAGAGGAAGACCAGACGUGUACCAGUUGACCAUUGACCCCAGUACACACCACUACACAAUACGCAAUCUACAACCUGCCACCGAAUAUGUCAUCUCAAUACGAUCCUUCAACAAUGCAGGUCAAAGUCAGGUCAAAUUUGAGACAGUAACGACCAGCGAAGAAACAAACUGAAUUUUCUUUUUUUCAAGAUGUGCUCUAAAGUAGACGAUUAUUGGUUUGAACACUGCCGGACCCGCAACACUUAACAGACGUGCCUUAUUGUCCAAUAACUCCUGGACCCAUAUUCACGAAAAGGUGUAAAGUUACGUCUACGACUAGCUCUUACGUCUGCCGUAGAUUUACGUUUACGUGCAAGAAGCACCUUAUUCUCAAAGAUGGUCGUAAACGUAAACAUGACUUAGUUGGACGUAAAUCUACGAUUGUAACUCUCUCACCGGAGAAA